CAUAAACAAAUGCAUAAGGAAAUGGACCAAUCAAUUUUCUUAUGUAUAUGUUUAUGCGACUAUGCAAGUUUGUCUGGAUAGGCUCUUAAGGCCAUAACAUGUACAAAAAUUUUAGUCGUGAUCGUAAGGGUGCCGUCACGUGAAGCGUAACUUGCGUAAGCGUAUCUUGUGUUAGCCAAUCAAAUUGUUCAGAUACUAUACGCAAAAUUUGGCAUAUAAUAGCUGAAUGAUUUGAUUGGCUGACAUAAAUUACGCUUACGCAAGUUACGCCUCAUGUGAAAGCAGUGAAAAAGGAAUGAACGAAGAAUUAGCGGGAUAGCCGUUUAGCUAUCGAAUCAGUGAUGAAAAUUGAUGGGCGAUUAGUUUCCUUAAUCCAGCACAGUUUUCGCCGAAAAAGUGGACGAAAAAGAGAAAAAUUCUACAUUGUUUAUAUGCAAAAUGUCAUUUUUCAAUGAAAUUGAAGAAUCAGCUGAAAUACAGGAUAUCGAUGAAUUCAAAGAAAAUAGAAAUCUGGUUGUGAACAUCGAGAAUUCCUCUCGUACUCGAAGUAUUGCUAGAGAAUAUUUUGGAAUGCUAAAAGAUAAUGAGAAAGGUGCUUUUGUUGACAAAUGUCAUGUAUAUUGUAAAAUAUGCUUUAUGCAUCCUGAUGGACGAAAAGUUUAUAGAUAUAAAAAAGCAGUUAGCACAGGAAAUUUACUUACUCAUUUAAGAGAAGAGCAUAAUAUAAAAACAACACAUUUAUCAAAUGAAAGAAUCAAUAUUAAAAGAUUCUUUGAACCUAAACAAUCUCAACAAUCAAGCAAAUCUUCAAAAAUUACUGACAAACAAAAAGAAUUAUUUGAUAGCAUGACCAUCUGGUUUUGUAGAGAUUUUAUUCCAUUCUACGAAACUGAAAAAAGUGGACUAAGAGAUUUUUUAAAAAUACAUGGUGUUAUACAAAACGAAUCAGAUCUACCACAUCCAAGUACACUAUCUCGAAGUUCACUCUCAAGAGUGUGCAAUGACUGCGUAUUUGCUGUUAAAGCAAAAAUAAAUGAAGACAAUCCAAGUGCAAUUUUUAUAACUAUGGACGCAUGGACUGACAAUUAUCGUCAUAUUCCAUUUAUGACUUUUACAUUACAUUGGAUAUCACCUACAGAAACACAGUUGAAAUCAUGUACGUUACAAACAAGUUUUUUGCCACAUCCUCAUACAGCGGAUAAUAUUGUUGAAGAAUUAAAAAGAGUGCUAACGCAAUUUAAUUUAAACAACAAGAUUAUAACUCUCGUAACUGAUGGAGGAGCAAAUAUGGUCAAAUCUGCAAAAGAUAUGAAAGUUGACAGAGUACCUUGUGUUGCACAUGGACUCCACAAUUUAGUGACAGUAGACACUCUUUUUAAAUUACCAGAAAUUAAUAGUUGUAUAACUAAAGCUAGAAGUAUUAUAAAAAUUCUUGCUUUUAAAACUCAAGAAAUUGAAAAAACAAAAGAAAUUAUACAGUAAGAGGAAAUAAACAACAUACUUGAUAAUGUUGAAAAUCUAGAAGAGAUGUUAGAAGCUGAUGUAAGAUUUAAUUCCACACUUAAUAGUAAUAACGAGCAUUCCUAUGCGCAGACUUUUCCUUCAUUUAUGACAUCUUCAGGAUUACAUAAAGAUGUAUCAACUAGGUGGAAUAGUACACUAGAGAUGCUAGCGAGUUUACUUAAAAAUAAAGAAAUAGUAAUACGCUGCUUGGAAAUGCAAAAGCGUUAUGAUGCAAUUCUCACAAAUAGUGAAUGGAAGAAUAUUGAAGAUAUAGCAAAUUGUUUAAUAAGUAUUAAAACAACAACAGAAAUUCUUUCUGGAGUAGAAUAUCCUACAGUAAACUUAGCACUUUUAUUUAGGGCAGAAAUUGAAAGCAAUAUGUGUGAAAAUGAAGAUGAUUCAUUUAUAAUAAAACAAUUUAAGAAAACUAUUUUACAGAACUUAAAAAAGCGAUUUCCAAUACACGAAGCCCAUGUUUGCGGAGCACUUCUAGAUCCGACUCUUCAAAAUGUUAAAGGUGUUGCAGAAUAUCUUGCAGAUAAGCAACAAUCUGCUGAGGAAUUUUUAGUAUAUAUGAUCCACAAGAUAGUUCCUUUGAAUAUUAGAAAUAAACAGGUAUCUAAGAGAGAAACAGAUAUUUAUUCUAAUAAAUCAUGUCAGCUUCUUGGAGUCAAAAAAUUACGUUUGGAAUUAGCUGCGAAACACGCAAAUAUUAUUCCUCCUGAAGAUCCUAUUCUUAUUGAAGUUAAGAAGUAUUUACAUAUAUCAGAAUCUAUCGAGGAUCCUCUACAAUGGUGGAAUAAAAUGAAGUUAUCACUGCCAAAUUUGUACAAAUUGAUGUGCUGCAUUUAUGCUAUUCCGAUCACAAGUUCAGCAUCUGAGCGUGCAUUCUCUUCUGCAGGUUUACUUAUCACAGCAAAACGUUCUGCGUUAAAACCGUCAAAAUCUAACAAAAUCCUAUUUAUUCAUGAUAAUUUUAAAUUAAUAAAAGAUAUAUAUUUAAAAUCUAUAAAAUAAGUUAUGUAUAAGUUUAUCCAAAAAACAUUGCUACAGUUAUAUAAUUAUUACUUGCAAUUUCUUAUUA